UUCUCUCCCUCUUUCUCUCUCUUUCUCGUGCACGCGAGUGUGAUCGGUACAGUGCGAUCAGUGCGACGUGAUACGUUCUCGCUCGCGGAUCGCCCUUCGCUGUGCUUCGCGCGACAGGAUAGGUGCCGCGCGUACGUCAUCGUGAAAAAGACUGUCAGGAGUGCCUUACUAACUUCUUCCCCUUGAGAAUUACUUGUCGACGUUGUCGUACGGCAAAACGAGCACGACGUUCACCGUCCUCGUCACAGUGAGAUCCCAAACGGAGCAAGAGAGAGAGAGACGGACGGAUAAAGAAGAGAAAGAGCGCCUCGGCGCGUUGAACGAGUGGUACGAAGCGAGCGUGAAAUCGGCACAACAAUACGUAGUAGUACCCGAUAAUUCGUAGAGGUGACGACAAGAGAGCCCGCUGUAAGGAUGCUGUACACUUUCGUGAGGAUCGAGAGGCCACGAGUCGUAUCACGAGCUUGCAGCAGCGUAACCAGCUGAGAAUGUCAGAGCAAAACGGGCCCAGCGAGGGCCCAGGGCCAGGGCCCGGUUCGGAUUCCACGAGCUGGUGGCCAAGUACGCAGACUUGGAAGUCGUCAGCAGCCGCCUCGUCGUCGACUUCGUCGACUCCCACUUCAGCGUCCGUCUCUGUCUCCUGCUCUGCGUCCAGCUCGUCGACGAGCUCCUCCACCUCGAUCAACUCGUCCGCGACCUGUUGUCCCUCGUCGUGUAUCGGCGUGUCCUGCACGAUGAGUCCAAGCCGUUCCACGGAAACGGGGAAAAAUGUAUCCGUCACUACUAUUAACGUACCGCCCAAUCAAGAAAUGCAUGAUGCUAAAGGAGUAUGUAAAUAUCUCGGGGGGCAAAACGGCGUGACAGUAUCGGUGGUAUCGACCUCGAUUCUGGGAUGUGGAAACGCGAAUGCCGUCCCGACAAGCGGAAUCUGCACGAAUACGGGGUCGCAUAGUAUCGGUAUCGGAAUUGGUGGCAUCCUCGCUGCGAACGCAGCCGAUAUCGAUGAUCCUGAGGACAGCGACGGCGAGAUCAGUAAGAUUGACUUUCGAGGUGUCAAUCUACGUUCGAAGAAGAAACGCGACGUAUCGGGUAAUCAGAAUGGCGACAAGAUCGAUGACGGAGAAGCAAACGGCGACGGCGGGGGUUGCUGCGAUGAUAAUUCACAACAGCAACCUGAGAGGCCCAUGUCAUGGGAGGGUGAAUUAUCGGAUCAAGAAAUGUCUUCCAAUACAAUUACUAAUCAGGACCACAAUGAGGAAACGUCUAUGGAGGGGGUUCAAGUAUGUAGUACGAGUCCUGGGCCUAUGGAACAGAAGUUUCCUAUUAAGUCAGAGCCGGAUUUUCGAUCUAGUCCAGGUUUCACAAUAGGAUCCUUUCACGAUGGUGGAUUGCCCAUGACACACAAUCUACAAUUGCAACAACAGCAACAGCAACAACGUGGUAUCGAAAACAUCGAACAAACUCAACAGAGCGACCUACCACUUCUUGUAGGCAAGCUUCUCGGUGGAUACAACAAUUCAACACCUAAUCAUAGCCCCGUCCUCAAUCCGCGACAUCAUUUAACUAAACACAGUCAUACUAGAUCGCAGGUGCCGUCACCAGAUUCCGCCAUUCAUUCUGCCUAUAGCGUCUUCAGUUCACCGACACAGAGUCCUCAUGCAGCACGACACUCCGCCCUAGGAGCGGGUAGUCCGAUACCCUCCUCGUCGUUGUCCCUCUCUCGACACAGCUUCAACAACUCGACUUCUUCGUUAUCUCUAUCGUUGUCGCAUUCACUUUCGAGGAACAAUUCUGACGCUUCCAGUAGCUGCUACAGCUACGGUUCGCUUAGCCCGCCUACGCAUUCACCCGUCCAGCAGCCGAGACAUCCGCAUUCACACUCACAACAUCAUCAGCAUCAAGUGGCGCAAGGUAGUCCGCUGCAUCUACCAGCCUCCUCCGCAGUUGCCGCACAUCAUUACUCGUCCUCUUCCGUACCAGGUUCGGAAUUGUCGCCGGACGGCCAUCCAGUUGCGGAAGAUCAGGAAGACUGUAGGUUACCCUCGGCGCCAUCGGGUAUCUCCACCAGGCAACAAUUAAUUAACAGUCCCUGCCCGAUUUGCGGUGACAAGAUAAGCGGCUUCCAUUAUGGCAUCUUCUCGUGUGAAUCGUGCAAGGGAUUUUUCAAGCGCACCGUCCAGAAUCGUAAGAACUAUGUGUGCCUUAGAGGCGCAGGUUGUCCGGUCACCGUGGCCACGAGGAAAAAGUGCCCAGCCUGCCGCUUCGACAAGUGCCUCAAUAUGGGUAUGAAGCUCGAGGCGAUCAGGGAGGAUCGUACCAGAGGUGGUAGAAGCACUUAUCAGUGUACCUAUACUCUGCCAAAUCUCGUUGGUAGUCCUGCUGGUAUGACCAGUGAAAAACUGACGACGGCAGGCAAUUGCAGCCCGGCACCGGCCGGUAGCGAGCAUCAUUAUUCUGUUAGAUAUCAUUCAAAUCAUUCUUACAAGAUGCAAGUAGUACCUCAACUUUUGCAAGACAUCAUGGACGUAGAACAUCUUUGGCAUUAUAACGAUAACGAUCGGAUAAGCGGUAGUGGAGGAAUACUUGGAAGUGUAAGGAAUACCGGUAGUGACAGUCUGCUGCUCAGUGGAUCCGGAAGUGGUCCAGCGCUCAGCGGCACUGGAACUGCGACCAGCAUUGGCGUCGGAAACAACGGAGGUGCAGUGGAAUGUUCGUCGAAUGACUCUAGCAAUGUCGAUACUAGUAGCAGAAGAGGAGAAACGGCGAGCCCCACUGAUUCGAUCUUAACGGGGGCGUCCGAUCAACAUUCCACAAAUGGCAAUACCACUAAUAAUAGUAAUUCUCAAAUUGCCAGUAAUUCCAACGGUAAUUCAGCGCAGCAUCCAGACUUUCUAUCUAAUCUGUGCAACAUCGCGGAUCAUCGGCUCUACAAGAUCGUCAAGUGGUGCAAAAGUUUGCCAUUAUUUAAAAAUAUUUCAAUCGAUGAUCAAAUCUGUUUGUUGAUUAACUCUUGGUGCGAGCUACUACUUUUCUCCUGCUGUUUUCGCAGCAUGAGCACUCCCGGUGAGAUAAGAGUGUCUCUCGGCAAGUCGAUUACUUUAGAACAGGCAAGACAGCUUGGUUUAGCGACUUGCAUCGAGAGGAUGCUCACUUUUACCAACAAUCUGCGAAGACUGAGAGUAGACCAAUACGAAUAUGUUGCAAUGAAGGUGAUCGUGCUGUUAACGUCCGAUACAAGCGAAUUAAAAGAGCCUGAAAAGGUCAGAGCUUCUCAAGAAAAGGCACUUCAAGCACUCCAGCAAUAUACAAUCGCGAGGUACCCAGAAAUGCCUGCCAAAUUUGGUGAAUUAUUGUUGAGAAUUCCAGAUCUGCAAAGAACAUGUCAAGCAGGAAAAGAAUUGCUCAGUGCAAAACGUGCCGAGGGAGAAGGCAGCUCGUUUAACCUUUUAAUGGAAUUGUUGAGAGGAGAUCACUGAAUUGUCAGCACAGUGAGCUAUGCCAUUCCACGCUUAUAGGGUCCAUAAGCUUAGGGAAUCGGAUAUUAAUAGAUAAUCGCAGAAUAAGAAAGAUUAGGAAAAAAACAAACGGCAGAUGUAAGGUCUCUAGUGACAUUAGUACUUGGUGAGGGGACUGUAUUCUUUGUAAUUAGGAUGCAUUAACCUAACAAAAGGUGAAAAGAAUUUUUCUAUUUUACGUCGGAAUGCUUCCACAUACAGGUUGUGCAUGUUCGCAUUCCUGUUUUGAAACAAACGAAUUUUGAAGCGGCCUACAGUGUAUGUCGGAUUUGUACUUCCGCAUACAGGUAGAUGCUAAUGAGACUGAAAGUUUAAUUGACGGAGACACACAGAGCAUUUACUUUUACAAUGAUAAGCGUUGUAUAAAUACGGAGAUGGUAUCAAAUAGCAUUAAAAUGCUAUAUUCUAUUAGAUUGAUGUAAUCUAUUCGAGCGCGAACUUUAU